AUGGAAGAACAUAAUCAGCUAUACAUUCCCCAAGUUGCAGAUGAUCGAAAGCCAAAAUAUGGGAUGGAAUUCUCAUCAAUAGAGGAGGCAUUUUCGUUCUAUAAUCAAUAUGCACGAGAAUCUGGAUUUAGUGCAAGGAUAAAUAAUAGCAAGAAAAAUAAGAUGACAAAUGAAGUUGUCUGGAAAACAUUUGUAUGCUUUAAAGAAGGAUAUACAAAUGAUCAACGAAAUAAACAAACAAAAGCAAAGAAAGCAUUGACUCAACAGUUUUCAGAGGCCAAUGUGCCAACUUGCCAACAAAUGCGAUUAUUAGAGAUAGAGUAUGGAGGACCUGAGCUGAUAACAGAUUUAGUAGGUGUUUUUGGGCGGAUCAUGUAUCAAGGACGGCAUACAAUCAAAAUUCAAGAGAUGAAUACUAGUAAAACAUGCGACAAUGGGGGUCAAAAGAGGAAAUCCAUGGAUAGAUCUCAUAAUAUUAUUGAUCCUUCUUCAAUAAGAACAAAGGGAUGUGGGAAGAGACUAAAAUCAUCAAAGGAGAAGUCAACUUCAAAGUCCCGGUUAUGUCGUGGAUGUGGGCAUCGAGGUGUGUCACAUGACAAACGCAAUUGUCCAAGUUUACAGCAAGGAUCAACUAUAGAUAAUCAUCAUAACAGCGAUGACGACACAUAUGAAGAAGAAUUGGCAUCAAUAGCGGGUCCUGAUAAUCUAGAUAACUUGAGGAAGUUUGCAAAGCAAUUCUAGAGACGAUCACUUGAAGCUGCAGCAUCUAAAGGUGGAGAAAAUGAUGAUAUCCCAGAUCUAAUGCUUGGAGAGACAUUUGAGUCGGCUGCAUAAUCUUGACAAUGAAUUUUUUAUAUAUAUUUCAUAUCAUUUUUGGAAGCUUUAAUUAAAUGUUGCAAUGAUGGGCAAUUUUUUUUAUCUGUUAGUGUUAAUCUUUAUCGCUUACUUUGAAUUUUGAUUGUAAAUUGUAAAUUCAUUUAUUCCCAUAUGCAUAAGACAGUUACAAUACA